AUGUGUCACGCGACUGCAUCUGGGUCAGUGACUGACCGCCUGUUCUCCAGAGCAGCGUUGUGUGACGUCACCAAGAAGAUCUCCACCGGCUGUAUGGUCACUCCCAGGCCUGACAGGACAAUGUCCAGUGUGCAUUGCGUCAGUCUGUGUGCGCAGGAUGACCAGUGCCUGGGGGCCAGCCUCAACUUGUCGUCUGCUGUCUGCUUCCACCACCGGACCUGCGCCUACACCCAGCGGACAUGCACAGUACCUGAUCACGAGUUCAGAUUUUACCUCAAGUUAUCCUGGACCUCCCCGUGUGACCACCAAGGAAAGUUUACUGCCUCUGAGGGGAGGUGUGAGUGUGUGGGCGGUUGGGUGGGUGCUCGCUGUGAGCGGUGGCCAUUCUCUUGUGACGAACUUCUCACUCAUGGCUAUAGCAACACUUCCCUCUGGCUGACCCUUGACCCCUACGGCGACGGGUCACUGCUCACCCAGGCGCUGUGCCAGGUCAGAGGUCAGAGUGACGUCAUCACCUAUGUGUUCCGGAACAGCGGGAGCGCCACCAACCUCCACAACCGAAGCCUGACGGAUUACGUCACAGGAUACAAGAUGGACGUCCACGACUUCUGGUUGGGUCUUGACGCCAUCUCGGCUCUCAGCGGCUCCGGCCGGAAGUUGUGUCUGCAAGUUGUGCUUGAUGACGUCACUGGAAAACAACACCAGCAGCAGUGGCUCUACUCCCUCUAUGACGACUUCCGGAUGAGUGGGCCGUCCUCCGGGUACACCUACGCGUUCCGGAGCUUCUCCUCGGGAAUGUCCGGAACUCUGGGCGUCACGCCCUCCAUGAAUCUCCUCGACUGUCUGGGCCACACGGCCGGGAUUCCAUUCUCCACCUGGGACCGUGAUAACGACGGUAACGCCACGGCCAACUGCGCUAAGGAGCAGGGAGUGGGGUGGUGGUUCCCGCCCUCCUGCCACCUCCCUUGUAACCCCCUGGGCCCCCUCGCCCCCCGUCACAACCCGCCACACCCCCCCACGGCCCUCGCGCUCCCUGGACUCGACAUGGCGGACAAGAUGGUGGCCAGAUACUUCCGGAGAGUCGAGGCUUACUUUGUUAGUUCUUGA